CGCCGUGCAUGAGGGACGCUGUCCCGAGUGCUGAAACGCGCUUUACGCGGAAGUAUCACUCGGGCUCGGUCUCUACACUGCCUGUCGAAGUACAGUAAAUGGGAUUUCAGGUUCUGCUAUGGAGAGAUUUUUCCCGUCUUCCGCCGCGCUCUUGAUUCUCGGCUGUAUUGGCGUUUCUCGGGUCCAAGCGGACAACCUGACACGCCCCGUCAAUGUAACGGUCAAGGCCCUGACGGCCAGCUCCGCCGUGGUGACAUGGGACAUCCCCGAAGGAGCGCCCAUCAUUGGCUUUGCCAUUACGCAGCAGAAGAAGGAUGUGCGCAUGCUGCGCUUCAUCCAGGAAGUGAACACCACCAGCCGCUAUUGUGCAUUAUGGGACUUGGAGGAGGAUACAGACUACACCGUGCAUGUGCAGGCCAUCAGCAUGCGGGGCCUAAGCCCACCCAGCACUCCCCUGCACUUUCGUACCCCAAAGGAAGCUGAGAAGCAGGCAUCCAAAACUAAAGACGAGGUGACGAUGGAAGAAGUGGGACAGAGCCCUGAACUGCAAGCUGGAGAGCUCAUCAUCAUUGUGGUGGUGCUCCUCAUGUGGGCAGGUGUCAUAGCUCUUUUCUGCCGUCAGUAUGACAUCAUCAAAGACAAUGAGCCCAACAACAACAAGGACAAGGCCAAGAGUUCAUCAGAGUGCAGUACUCCGGAGCACCAGACAGGGGGGCUGUUGCGCAGUAAGUUCCCCAAAAACAGAAAACCCUCAGUGAACAUCAUUCAGGUGUAACAGAGGACCAGCCUUCCAGGAGAAACCAUUGGUCCAAGACUCAAUGAAAUGCAGGUGUCGCUCAGAAUUCUGGGAACUACUGGUCAACCUAACAGCGCCCCCUUAAGGACAGUGAAGGGUUUAAAAAGGGAACUUCCUGCAGAAAUCUCACUCCCCUUCGGCCCCUGCUUUGAAUGCUACAGGAGGCGGCAAUAAAUAGCAGUGCUGCUGAUUGGCUGUGGGUUGGGAAAGGAGGAUAUGUGUAGCAUGAUCUGACCUCCAAAGAGGAAGCACUCUGGUAUGACACGCACAGCGGGAUCUGAAGAGUUAGUGCAAUCUACUCACCUCUUUAGGCCUCUUGUACCCACUCAGGAGAGGUCUGACCCACAAGAGGGGGCUGUGGUGUCCUGGGGGGGGGAGGGGGCAAUACAACCCCCCCCCCCCCCAGUCAACUCUUUCCUAGCAUGAACCUGCAAAGAGAUGUGAACAUGGGUGGGGCAGAUACAGUAGUGUAGCAGGUUUGAGUCAGCAGGCUCUCCCCCUACUUUCUGAGAUGGAUGUGAUGGAGGAAGUUCCCAUGGACACAGUUGCCAAGGUGACCCUUUGUGCAGUUAUGACCAUUGUUGACUGUUUGCCCUCCAUCCUAUCACCUUUAUCCCUGCCCCACCCACCACACAAGAGCUCCUGAAGGUCAAACAGUAGCCUCCUUGUAUGGGGUGUCAGAGAUGCUGUGUUUGGGGGGGCAGGAGGCACCUUGAAACUCGAAGGGACCUGCAGGUCGAUGGAGCCCGGGAUGGACACCCUGACACAUUAGCAAUGUCCCCGGCUGAGAAAGGCUCUGUGUUCCCGACGUGCCCUGUUAUUGAGCUGAGGGCCUGUGUUCACACUGACACAUCAGGCCACAAGCUGUGGUGUGGGCGUCUGAGGGCAUGUCUUUCACCAUCACACAUCCCACACCAUCCCUUCCGAGUGCGGUGUCACCCAGCCUUCCCCGCCAUGUACUGUGGUCUCGUCACGGGAACCCCUCCAUGCGCAAGAGUCCUGCAGGAAGGAGGGUGGAAAGGGAGACAGAGAGUGAAAGAGAAAGCUGAAGGGAGGGAAAGGAGGAGGGAGAAGGAGAGAGCAAAAGACAGACAAAGUGCGGAGUAUCUGACCAGGGGUCUAAGUGCUGCGGCUGUAAUCUCCAGGGGGAGGGUGAACCUUCUUAAUGUGUCCCCCAUAAACAUGGUUGGAGAUUUACAAAGAUGCCCUACCUCUAGGACCUCGAGUCACUGGGCUCCAGAACCUCUGGAGAGCGAGCAGACACAGAGGAACAUGCCCUGAGGAGAACAUGCCCUGAGGAGCACUGGAGCUGCAGGGAAUUCUGAAAGAGCCAGCAGACACAGCGGACUGGCGCAUUUAUGCACUUCUGCACAGCCAGGCCAACAGACGUUGAAUGAAGGGUCCCAGCAGAGCACAGGCGGCACCCCCAACAAGACAGCAGGGCACCAGUCAUGCUGGGGGGGUCACGGGACAUAUCAGGAAGAUGCACGGCUGACGGCCAUAAGUGUUAUACUUAGCGUGCUAAACGCGUUACAGUGAUAGUAGCUUGGCCAGGGUUAGCAUGGUGCUAUCAUUAGACACAAACAGCUUCUACCAAGGCUGUACAGUUAGAACUGCAUAUUAGAAACAAAUCUAAAUAAACCUUGGAAAUGCC